CCCUGAGCAUUUAUACCUCUUUUGAAAUGUCCUGCACACUGCGUGCUGUUUUUUUGACAGCACUUGCCAACGGCAUGGUUCCUCGCUGUAAGGGAACUGCAAAUGUAUGGAAAAGCGUAUCCGAUUACGCGGCCACCUGGUGUGCCCAUAUCAAGACAUUAACGGCCAGUACUAUCCGGCAAGCAAUAGCAUUCUGGGAGGAGGUUAGAGCAUCUACACAGACAAUGACACAGGAGCACAGGUGAGCAGGUAAGCCACCGCUUGGAGAAGCGCAAAAAUCCACUCGGCAGGAUUGCAGCUCGUUCUUCUGUCAGUUCCCCUUGUUGCAGAGUGCGCUGGGUAGGAAAUGUGCAAAGGUGCUUGUCUCUCUGCCCUGAUGGCACGGGGAGUGUGUUUCUCCACCCCUGUUUUCAACUGUAACCUGUACCCAGUUUCUUUUGCUGGCGAUCUCAGUAGCAAACAAGCAGCCAUGCGCAUACAUGCUGCGGAUGUCAUGCACAAUGCCGAGACAACCUGGCAUUCUUACUUUUUUGGCGCUGCUUUUUGGCGCUGCUUUUUGGCGCUGCUUUUUGGCCAACAGCAGGGUGAAAGGCACCAGUGGCGAAGCUGGCUAUAUCCAGGCAGUGCAUUAAAGUGGGUUCAAGUGCCCUUUUUACAAAUAAAACCAAAUGGCAUUCUAUUACAAGCAGAUGUAGUCUUUUGCCUCGAAAUGCGUUGUAACCCGAGUGAAAACUCGCCUGAGGGUGGAAAACUAGAUGCUGGAGAGGGAGCUAGCUCGUUGGAGGCGGCACAGGUUGACAAGAGUUCGAAAAAGAAUAAUGGAAACGAGGGACGCACAGGUGGCAUGGUGCAUACGUGUCAACUUGUCCGCUAAUAGAGGGCACGGAUGUGCAGCGGCUAAAGAUAGC